CUGAUCUAAGACGUUAUCAGGAAUGUAUUGUGUAAGAAUGGAAACGCGCCUGUCUACAACCGCAAAACUUGAACUGCUAUUUUGAGGUUAUUUCCCUGGAAUGAACAGAAAUACAGCGAGGCGAUCUGUAUCAAGACGAUAUCACACGGAAAGAACUCCUAAGAGAACGACAUUCUUGACAGACGCCACCGCGGCGCCACAAAUAAGUAAGUUUGUUAUCUUUAGCAGAUACCAUUGUCAUGUAAAUUGUUAGGGAAUUCGCGUGGUGCUUAAUUGGUGCUGGUCGUUUAUCUGCAAAUACUUUAACGCGUGGUUGGUUUCCAUUGGUUGACGGCAGAACUAUAUUGGGCUCAAUGGGUUUUUUUUCUGUUACAUGAUCCUCUGAACGCAACAUUAAUCAGCGCAGAUAUUUUAUGUUGUUUCGUCAACGAGAUGAAUUCGAAUUGUAUGUACGUGAUUACGUCGUCAAAGUGCCAUCAACCUUAAGUAAAAUGAACUUUAAAUGUGGGUGCCUAUUUACGUUAACAACCGACCUUUCUUUCACUUGUCUGUACUUUAUAUUCCUAAAUCGUGCUUGCUCAGGGGAUAGCUUUUUACUUGCCAAGGCAUUUUGGCUGUCUUCCUUUGCAUAUUGCUUGUUCAUCGUGGCAUAUGUUGGAAAUCUUCAACAAUUUUGCUGCUCUUUUAUUUGUCCUAGAUAUGUAUAGGCAGUCAGUCCUUUUUAGUCUCAAUGACCUUGCAACGACAGUGUUUUCGCUAUUAAAUCUUUAACAACUGAUUAACUUUGUUGUUUGGGUAAAAAAAAUCGCAAAUUUAGGAAGCCCGGGGAAAACGUAUUGUGUGCACCAUCCACUAUACUGAAUUGUGCGAUUUAUAAAUGAAAACUAAUGGUGACGCAGAACAAAAGGAAGCAUUUUGCAACAAAGUAAGUAGUUGAUAUUGUGCCGUGCGGUUACAAAACCAAAGCUUAUCAACACAAUGCAUGAAAAAGUUGAAUAAAUUAACAUAUCAACCGAAAUUACCAUACAGACUGUGUUACCGACUUAUUGUCAAGUAACAGCCAGCUGCGUUUUCCUCGUUAUUUUAACCUAUACUUAAGAGUCAGAGCGUUAGUAUUGAAAGUAAUCUAACAAAGGUGAGUGUCGUUUUGGGAUACAGGUUUUCCUAAAAUCUGUGUGUUCUUCAUAAACUGAUUUUAAGAUGCAUGAAUUUGCCCGUAUGUCAAUGUUGGUCACAGUCCAGUGACUAGUUGUAUAUUCGUAUCGACUAAUGAACUUGCUGAGAAGGAAUUUCUUUUAGCUACUUAUGAACAGCAACUUAUAAAAAAAACAGUUAGAGCCUGUGAGACCAAGGAAGCUUUAGGAAGAUGUACCUCUUUUUGAUGAGGCUGUAAAGUUUUACAAAGCGAGCAGAAACAUAAAAGAUGUCAAUAAACUACGCAUGUCGUGUAUUCACAUCGUUAGUGUCAGUGACAUUGCACGCUAUGGGUAAAAUGGACAGCAUUUCGUUCCAGAGACCGCUGUUUUGCCUGAGCGACCCUGAGCAGUAAAUGUUUUCUUAUGUUUGGCGUGUGUCAGUGAUUAUGCGUUCCUGAGUUGGUGAGCAUUCAGACGGGUACACGGCCCACUGUGAGAACAGACAUGCGUAUGUCGCUCAGAACUCUCGUUGUUAACGUUUUUCAAUAAAAAUUUAGGUUCUCAUAACCACAGAUCUAAACAUCAGUUGCCCAAGUUGUUCCAUACUGGCUCGUCUAGUCUCUCAAACGCGCGGCAAUGGAAAGAGUUAUGCAAAUAUAAUGGGAACCUUUUUUACGUAAACACGAAUAGAGUGCAAUAUCUUACAGGAAGCUGGCGCCAAGCGCUAGACAAGUGUAAGAUACUUAAAUUUCUUCCUUAUACAGCAUUUCCUUUAUAUUUCAUAUAUUGGGUUCUUGAGUUUAUUUUCGUUUAAGACAGGUGCGAUUCAGCUGUCCAUGUUUUAGGGCAUAAACCACUGACAGUAGCUAUGGUUAUCAAUUUGCCAAUUCAAUUCAAAUCCUUUGUUUUGAUUGUGACGUUUGGUUCCUGUUUUCGUCAACUCAUACGUGGCAGUUGUAGUAGAUUACAGCUCAGUUGCAAAAUUCUCUGUCGAUACGCUGGCCCUGCCGUACGAGUCACGGUCUUCAGCUGAAAUGAAAAGUAUGUUAACCAUUUCAUGUAACAUUGAAUGUUAUCAAUUUUUGUUACUAACAAAAGACUCAUUUUUACAGUUCACUGCAUGAUAAUAAAUGCAAAUGAAGGCAGUUUUAUCAAGCCAAAGGUAACUUGUAGCAAAUGACAAUCUAAAUAGACUACCAAGUGGAUUGCCCCUCAUUGCCUGUUGAACCAAAUAUCGUCAAAUUGGUCAUAUCACCUAGGCUACAGACUUUAUGGCUUCUGGCGCCAUAUUUGUUCGGAGCAAACCCAACAAACACACUUAUUAGGGAAAAGAAAUGUCAUUAUGGCCUACCUCAAAAUUUUUAAAUUGGGUAUAAAAAGUUCACCUUUUUGAGAACAAGAAUAGCAAUUUUGCGUAUUUAAAUUACCAGAAUUUUACGUGUAGUUAUAAUCUGUUUCGGGAGUGUUUUUGUCGUUGAAAAACCGGUUCACAAACAGGCUAACAUUACACGGUCGGCUGAGUAAGGCCGACAAGGAAUCUAACGAUUUGAAUUAUUUUGUUGCGCCUUCGAGCCGAGGCUCUCUGAAAUUUAAACUGAACUUCUGAUAACUGGCUUACAGUUCUGGAGAGUAAAUAAACAUAACCACUACUUUUCUACAAUGUUUGGUUUCGAGUAAACAGAUAACCUACUAUCUUUUUCGUUCCACCUGUCGUCUGCAAAUGUUUCUUUAGAGAGUGCGUACGUGUGCUACUUCAUUAAUAGUUAAAUAAAUUAGGAAAUAGUAAGCAUUAAAAUGUAAGAAAACAAAGCAAGAUAGCCUACCGUUUGUGAAACUCGUCUUGUGAUGAUGUAGAGUGUGUAUGUGAACUUCUUCAAUUCAUUAAUAAAAUAAAUUAGGAAAUAGUAGGCUUAAAAGCGUGUGCAAAUAAACAAUGUAAGGUUCUCUAGACUUCACUAUCAAUAAGUUGGUAUAGUGCAUGGAUGUAGCGCAUGUAUGUAGUGUGGGUGAUGUAAUAAACUGUAUUAAUGCAAUGAAAAGGAAAAAAGUGUUAAAUAAGAGUAUCGGAAAAAUGAAUAAAAACAGAAACAAACAAAUCGAUUUCACCGUUAAAGCAAACACCAGAUAGGAAAACAGUGUCGGUACAUUUUGAUUGCAGUGGCACAAAUUUGAAUUUUCUCGCUUUAAUUUGUUCUUAACUGUUGCAGAUGAUGCAAAUUCACGCCUGUUAAAGGAUAUACUGAUCAUACUGGAAGAGAAUUGUGGGGCAAAAUGAACGUCACUCCGGAAGUUCUAAGCCGUUUAAGGCGACUUGCGUCUUCUGUUGCUAAGAGAAACGUUGCUCAAAGAAAGGGCGGGUCUGAAAAGAACGGGGAGACAAACACAGAAAAAUUAGAAAGAAGCACAAAGCCGAGUAAGGAAAACGAAGCGAAUUCUGGCAGCGGAAGCUCGACAGAUACGAAUGGAGCAUCGAGAGUGCUGUCAACACAAAAUGAAACUGAAAACAAUGUGACAACAGUAAGAAAGAGCGAAACAAUGAAAGAGAGAGAAAUAAGGAUGGAUAUUGACGUCUUUCGUCAGAUGCUCAAAGAAGUGAUCGUUAAGCGAACCUUUGAAAUGGAAAAGAGGUUAAUGGAAGAUGUAAAAGCUUUGGAAAAACAGGUCCUUGCUUUGGAAGAGGAAAAGAAGACGUUGCAAUGGGACGCGAAACGACUUCAACUAGCUUUGCAGGAAAUCUCUUCAGAACAUGAAAAGGAAAAGGCUCAGAUGAUUUCCUGUGGAACCCAAGUUGAUAUUGAUGUGGUACAAGAACGGCCAGGGUCUCCUGAGAUUGCUAAACAGUUGACGUACGUGUCUAUGCCCAAGAAGACCAUCUCUUCUAACCAGCUCGAAACGAGCAAUGAGAAUUUGAAAACAAUUGGGCAAAUUAAGUGUAACGAACCGAGACAAAUAGCUUCGGAAUCAAGACCGCAUCGCAAGGACCACAAAGAGGUCAUAACAAGACAGAGCUCAGCCGCUACUUCGUACGAUACCAGAAGGUCAUUGGAGCAAGAUGGCAGAGGACCAUCAGCUUCUUCACCUUCUCAAGGACAACGAAAAACGUCAGAAGUGCAAGAACUACUCAUGCGCGAGAGCGAAUCAGCCCACAGGCAUUCACCUGAGGUUCGCAUUGAAGCACCACGCCAAUUGCAAGGGCAGAUGACUCAACCCCCAGCAAGGCGUGAGAUGUCUCCAAACCCUCAAACGCUCAAGCGACCAUCUAUCAGACUCACAAGUCAACAGACACAAGAGCUAUCAGCUUCUGAUCAAAACAUAGCAGGUCAUGCUCAAGGACAAACUUCACCACAGUCGCAGUGGAUAUCCUCGCAACCACAAGAAUCCAGUAAUCAGGAACAAAUCACACAACCUACCCAAGCUGACGCUGUUUCUUCACAUUCCUAUGUUUUGGUAAGACGUGGUCCUCCCAAUGUGUCACUUUUACCACCAAACAAACGUAAAAGGGUUGAUACACGAUCGGGUUCGGAUGGUCUUCAUGUGGUGUCCAGUAACAGCAAUUACAUUAUGCAUAACUUUAAGAUACAAAAGAAACCCAGUGCUAUAGACAGCCUACGGAAACGUCUUAAAGCAUCUGCACCAGCCUCUGGACCGUCAAGAGGAAACCAAGCAGUGUACAUGGUGAGCCCAUCAAACCAGCAACCGGGGCCACAGUUGAAUCAAGGUUCUUCAAACCUUCAGGCUACUGCCAAUCCAACCCACAUUUCGCUCAAUCAGAUGCCUGAGCCUCAUCUUAAUCAAGGUUCUUCAAAUGUUCAUGCUGCUGUAAAUCCAACCCACAUUCCACCCAACCAGAUACCCCAGCCUCAUUUGCAUCAAGGUUCUUCAAACCUUCAACCCGUUUACAAUCCAACCCGAAGUCUAUCCAACCAGUCACCGGUACCUCAUUUUACUCAAACUCCUUCAAACUGUCAACCCGUUGUCCAGCCAACACCAAAGUCAUUCCAUCCAAUACCACGGACAAAUUUGCAUCAAGGCUCUGCAAACACCCAGCCCGUUGUUUAUUCUGAACCUCAGUCACUCCACGGAGUAGCUAAUGCUCCGAGCCACCCACUAGGACAUCCUCACGGUCAGUUAGUUGAGAGGAUGUUUUAUCCUUCAACUAGACAACGACAAUCAAGCACUGAAUAUGGCCCAAGAGUCAUGUCAUCUCACCCUCACCAGCACGUGCAACCAGCGCCUGCCAAUGGUCAGCCUGUGGAACCUAAUGGCACAGUAUACGUUGUCAGAGAGUAUCAGGUGUCACAACAGCAACAACAACAGCAACAACAACAACAAAAACAACGACAGCAACAGCAGCACCACCAACCGCAACCACAACAACAGCAACACCAACCACAACAACAACAGCAGCAGCAGCAGCACCAACAUCCGCAACACCAAAGAGGUCCAAUCCAGAUUACACAUGCUCCUUCAUCUCACAGAACUACACAAUUUCAACAUAUUGCUCCGGCGCCUCCAGGUAUCAUAAGAAAUCAACCUUGUCCGCCAGUUCAAUCUCCUGGUAUCUCUUCCACAGCGUCCCCAUCAGGAUUUCGUCCUGAGCCUAGUGCUGCACAAGAUACGCGUGGUACUGCGAACCAUUCGGAUAUGAAUGGUGCAAGAAAGGACCAUCCUGGGGUGCAGUUAAGGACGCCUCCAAAACCCUCAGCAUCCAUUGUGGUGGUUCAGGACGGUAUUGUUCUCUCAUGGAACAUGACACUAGACGAGACAAUGGCAAAAAUUGAUAAUUAUGAAUUGUUUGCUUGUCAAGAUGGCGCAGAAAGUACAACUCCACCAAUUAUGUGGAAAAAAAUAGGUAUUGUGAAAGCGCUGCCACUUCCUAUGGCGUGUACGCUGUCACAGUUCUCUACUGGGAAUAAGUAUCAUUUUGCCGUUAGAGCGGUAGAUGACCAAGAACGAGCAGGCCCAUUCAGUGAUCCUUGUACAAUUGCAUUGACUUCAUAACAUGUUUUGGUCAAAUUGUUUCUUUGAUAAUAUUUAUCCACAGUAUUUCUGUACCCUAAUUUUUAUUUAGUUCUCUUAGGAUGUGACUUAUUCAUCAUUGCUUCGCUAGUACAAUCCUGGGGAUCUUGAUUCCGAUCCCCUUGCAAGAGAAAUUGUGUUAACGUUGUAGCACGUUGUGGCGUUUCAUGAAAUAACCAUGCCUUGAUGACCAGAAGUCAUACUUUCAUGUCAAGAACUUUUCUGGGUUGAAUAUUUUCAAAGGUGGUACGUGCAUCUUACCUCUUUCGCCCUCUUAACGCUUACGGUUAGAUAAAUGACUUACUUGUAAAACAAAGUAGAAACAAACAGCACCACAUUAAAAUAAUGCUACAUAGCUUCCAAUUCAAUCAUUGCACUAUAAAACAUAAUAAAACAUUAUAUAAAAAAAAAUCAUACCCAUACUUAAAAAUAAGCCACGUUACAUGACUCGGAAGUCUUCUCUACUCGAUUUAUGAAGAGGGAGAUUUAGAUGGAUUUAGAUUACAAUAAAAAUGUUCCUUGUUCCUAAAUGAUGAACUUUUCCAGGGGACAUCCAUUUCACUUUAAGCAAUGAUGAUAAGAAUGACCAAUCUACGUUUUUAAAUGCAAAAAAUAUUAAAAUCACUUUUGUAUUGCAGAAAAGUAAAAAUUUCAUUGACCGCCCGCUGAGUUUAUUAGUCUUUGUAUUAUUAGGGAGGUUGAUUGAGAGGAAAAACGCCACUUGUACUAUAUCAUAUUUUGUAUUAUUUUUAUAUUUAUCUCAUUUAAUGGUGUAAAUUAUUAUAGCUCGAUAUUUAUGUUUUGUAGAUGGAAAUUGUAAUCAUUGACAUUAAUAAAAUACUGAAAACCAAA